AUUAUAUUGCGAUAUUGAGGUUUUGUUAAUGUAUUACUAUAUAUAUGUCAACGUGCACUUUACAGUCAACUACUGCAUUAUAUGCUGGGGUAACUGUACCAAGAUCCAACGAAAUAUUGUUAAUUCAAAAAAAUAUCUUGAGAACCAUUUUUGACAAAGAAUAAGCUGCCUUAGGGUGUAAAAGAAAAUGAUGCGAUGGCGGUACAUAUUUAUAAAAGUUGUAAGAAAGAUAUUUUCAGAAAACCUUGCUUACUCAGUG